AUGGAAGUCGACGCUCUUGUCUACGAAUCAUCCUACUUCCAAGAGUUGGCCGUACGGGGGGAGAUACACAUUGACAUGACCGAGCCACCUUUGAUACGGGACAUACACAUCCAGCGGCGGCAAGACAGUGUCGUACCCACAAGCGUGUCGGAAGCCACGUCAACAUCGGACUCCAGCGCAGCUUCGACAUCCUCCACCACCUCCUCCUCUUCUUCUGCCGCUGCAACCUCGUUGGCUAUUGCCACAGACACCUCAACGACCGUCUCCCCCACAGCAGUCUCAACCUCAAUCAGUCCCUCCGUUACCGUCGUCACCACACCUCUCCCCUCUCCGUUCGACACCUCAAUAGGAAGCAACUUCACCGUUUCGUCCUGUCCGACCUUCUUCUCGACCUUUCUCAGCAACUCGACUUUCCAGUCCUGCGUGCCCGUCUCACUACUCCUCCAAAAUUCAAACUCAUUCUUCCGCGCCGAACGCUCGACCACCCUUCUCACCCAAACCCUGGACUCGGCCUGCAACGCGCCACUCGCGAUCUGCAGCCCGCUCAUGGCCAACCUGGCAUCCGAAUUGAUCGCUGACGCCAACUGCGGCGCGGACUACAAGUUGCAGAACCCGCUCGUCUCGCAGGCCUACGCGGGGCUUCUGGCGUACGAGCCGCUCUACCGCGCCACAUGUCUGCAGGACUCGACCAGUGGGGCGUACUGUUUCGCCGAGGCUGUGACCAACACGACAAACGACGCCGAUGCGUACCCUUACUACACGGCGCUCGGGCUGAAUAUGCCGGCUGGCGCGUCCCCGACGUGCUCACAAUGUCUGAAGGAUACGAUGAGUAUAUUCGCCGGGUAUGCCCAGGCCACGAACCAGCCUUUGGCGAGUACGUAUUUGGGAUGUGCCGCGCAGGUCGAUGUUGCGUGUGGAUCGGGCUUUGCGGCGACUGAUAUCAAGGUCGGUAGUGUCAAGAAGAGUGCUGCCACGCGGAAGGGCUAUGGAUCAAUAAGCGCCAGUGGUGGUGCUGCGGCAUUGCUGGCUCUGCUGUCGUAUGUGUUGGUUGUAUGA